AUCGUAGCGGGCGUUAAUCCGGGAGCGUUGUUUGUGUGCUGGUGCCACGGCUGUCGUGUGCCCGUGACAAGAAAAGCAUGUCCGCGGAGGGGAUGCGUGUGGCUGCUGAAGAUCUGGCAUCUGAACUUGUGCUCAAUAUUAAAGAAGAGUCUGAAAAGUGCCGAGGCGCGACGAAUCCAUGUUUUUGCUGUUCCUCCGUGGUGGAGGAUCCUGCUAAUGUCGUUUCUGAACUGAUCUUGGAUGGGUCAGGCGAUGCCAUGCUUGAUGUCCUCAAGGACCUGCUGGGGAUAUCGGAGGUGCGGGAAGCAGCUCGCCUCUGCCGCACGUGCGUCAGCAAGCUGUACAGCUACUGUCAGAUGUCCUCAGCCGUCUCUCAGAUGCGGCGUGACAUGCGGAUCGUCUUCGCCAAGGCGUCGGCCGCUUUUGCAAAGACGCGGGCGGAGGAGGCGCUCCGCCAGCCGGGUGGCUCUCCGCCGCCGGCCGGGGAGGACUCCCCGCCUCCCCGGCGGGAGGAGCCGGCGCCGCGGGAGGCGGCUCGUCCCGAGCUGAACAUCAGUAUUCGGGUAGUGGAGGAGCAAACAGCGGCGUCCAGCCCGUCGCCGGGCGUAGAGCCUGUGCGGCCGUUCUUCUGCGCCGAGGCCGGCUGCGGCCAGACGUUCGGCAGCGCGCGGCGACUGCAGGAGCACCGGUACCAGCGGCACCGGCCGGUCGGCCUGUCCUGCCCCCAGUGCCCCCUGGUGGCCGAGUCAGAGCACGAGCUGCAUAGUCAUGUGGAGUCGGUGCACCGGACGGGCGAGGCCCUGUAUGGCUGUGACGAGUGUCAGGAGCGCUUCUACCUGGAGGCCGAGCUUAAGAGGCACCGGCGCACGCUCCACGACGCCAAGCGGUACAUCAAGUGCAAACACUGCCGCAAGGUGUUCAGGUCGCGCCUCUCGUACCUGGAGCACCAGGCCCAGCACAGCGGCCAGCGACUGCUGGAGUGUCCGGUCUGCAGCGAGACCUUCAGCCGGCGCGUCUGCUUGGCCGUCCACAUGAAGGUGCACCGGAAGCACGGCGGUGUGCAGACGUGUGACCUCUGUCAGGAGAAGUUCUCGACUGUGGGCCGGCUGCGCACACACCAGCAGCGCCAGCACGGCAUCGAGCAGCCCUGGCGGUGCGAGUACGAGGGCUGCGAGAGGGCCUUCCGCUCGUGCGCCUCUCUGGAGGUGCACGUCGUCAACCACACGGGUAAUCGGCAGUUCUGCUGCGACGUGUGCCAGAAGCGCUUCAGCACCAAACAUCGGCUGGCCUCCCACUACCGGAUCCACACGGGGGAGAGGCCGUUCCAGUGUGACCUGUGCGGACGACAGUUCACCCACAAGUCCAACUUGUACCAACAUACGACCCUCGCGCACAAAACGGAGCGGAACCACAAGUGUGUCGACUGUGGCAAGGCGUUCCGGCGCGCGCGCGAGCUGGAGACACACCGGGCGUCGGCGCACGCGGCGUCGGAGGGCGAGCGGCCGGCCGGCGCGCCGCGCUCGGUCGCCGCCUCCCCGGCCUCCGGCAAGCAGUACAAGUGCGCCAUCUGCCAGCGCGGAUUCCUCCGGCUGGACAACCUCAGGACGCAUAUGUUCAUCCACUCGAAGAAGAAGCCGUUUGAGUGCCGACUGUGCGGCUUGGGCUUCCUGCGUCGGCCGCCGCUGCUGCAGCACAUGCAGGUUACCGGGCACGGCGACCACCGCAACGACUACGUCAUCAACGAGGCCGUGUUCGUGAUGGAUGCCCCGGCGGAAGAGGCCACCGGCUCAGUUCGCCUCAUCGCCGCCGGUCAGCAGCAGUUGUUCUCUGUAUUGGACUCGUCCGGAGGGGGUCAGUUGGACGGCGCCAGUGGCGGCGUGACGCAGAUCAUCUUCAAAACGGACUCCCCUCACGCCCAGCUGGACUCGCCGGGCACUGCGCAGCCUCAUCUGGCUGACGAUAGAUGGCAGCAACGGAACGAGCCUGUAUCCCAGGGUGAUCAGGGUGACGAUAGGUGGCAGUAGUGGUCAAACUCACCCUUUUUUCUUUUUUUUUGUUGGCAGUGUUUUUAAGGUAAAGGUGGGUUUACCUGGCGGGACUUUCUCUUUUGGUUGGGAGGAGAGCAAUAUUUUGUGAGCAUUGUUGGCAGUAGCAGUGUUAUACAUUGCGAAGAUGAGUGAAUGGCAUCAAUGUUGCAGUGUCGGUUUUGUCAACUGUGUGCUUAUCUCAGCGUGUUUAUAACGUCGCCUGUUCACAGUUUGGAUAAAGUUACGGUCGACGGGCUUAGCCAUUUUUUUAACGAAAUCUCGCGGAACCAUGUAUCUAGCGAUGUUUAGCCCACUCAUCACUUGUAUUGCUGUGUGUGUGUGUGUGUGUGUCAAUACACCAAAAU